UUAUUCGUAGAUGUGUAUGUUACCCUGAAUUAAACGAGUUGAGUGGUGCUGUGCGACUUGCUAAACAAAUCUAAAAAACGAGAUAAAAGGGCGAGGGAGGUGUGAUGCCUAUCAUAGGCGUACAUGGACCAUUUUAUAACCACUUGUCCAGGGUGUGGACGUGAGCACACUAUCGCCCUGUACCGGCGCAUGUGUAUAUAACAUGCUCCCUGUGCCCAAGACUGCAGCACAGAGACAAGGCACCACUCCAUCUGGCGUUCGGACGGGAGGAGAGGAACCAAAGUUUGCUGCUGGAGAUGGGGCGUCGGGCCAAGCUCUCCUCGCCUCCUGCUGUGCCAGAUGGAGCUUCUUCCUCGACCAUGCAGGCCGCCAAGAAGGUGCCCACACUGAACACGGCGUACAAUGCCGGGCUGCUCCAUUCCAUCGCCGGAGAAUGGAAUCCAAACAUCAAAGGUGUGUUUUCCAGGGUAGGGAUGGAAGAAAUGUGCAAGAUAAAGGAUAUGGGGAACAACAACCGUAUCUUUAGCAUGUCCCUCUUAGCUAGGAUCGAUCCCAAAACCAUGAAGAUGGACAUGGGAGAUGGGGAUUACAUUGAGGUGAACUCUAGGGAGGUAGCAAAGUGCUUAGGGUUGAAUCCAUGUGGUAGGAAGAUAGAUAUCCCGGGCGGCGCUUGCUUAGUAGACCGAGAACGGUUGCUAGAGAACUUGCAUGCGAUCUUAGAGACAAACAUGGCUCGCACUUGUAAGAUUCCUGUGGUUAGAGUUAAGAAAAUCAUCCAGAACGCAAGCAAGGUGGCCAUAGUAGGAGCAGAGAAAGAAAAGAUGAUGGUGGCGUGUACAAUCAUAGCCGCGUCCUUGUUUCUCCUACCUAGGGGAGCACACCCAAAAAUUGCCAAUGAACUGCUGCCCAUGCUAGCUGAGCCAAAUCAAAUCUCCGACUAUGAUUUCUGCGAUUACGUCGUGGAGGGUCUAAGAGAGGGUGCGGCCAAGCUGAGGGAGGAUCUACUACAUGAGCCAGCUCAGCUUAGUCUGCAAGGGUGCCUUGUUGUCCCACAGAUCAUUUUUUGCGAUUACCAUGAGCACAGGAUGGAGGGGGACGCGAGGUGCUGCCAUUCCCUCGGCUAGCAUCGUACUCGGAUAUGAUAUUGAAACUGCAGAUCAAAAAGCAUGCAGCAAGGAAUGGUGUGGAUGCUGGGUUUGAGGCUGCGGAUGUUCCUAGAUCGCCGGCAUUUAAUGUCGUUUCGGCUAGCCCGGCUCAAGCCCAAGCCUAGACCACGCCGAGUCCUAGUGUGCAUGCCGCUCCCCCUGGAUUUGGCGUGGCCCAUGAGCCAGCGAUAAGCCAAGAGAUUCUUGAUGCCAUGAAGGAAGCAGUGCAACAUCGCCUGAAGCAACGUGAGGAUGAAUUCCUCAAGAUGGUUGAGGAGACACAGGACAAAGUGUUUGAAGAAAUCAGGAACAAGGCGGAUGCUAAACGGCACAGAGACCUCGAGGACACUCUUGGUGAUUUCAUGGAGCGUGUGAAGAGACAAGCUCCAAUGGCGGCAGCAUUUCCUAACGUGAGCAAGACCUCGCAUCGUCCCAGGACGAUGACAGUUGUUGCCCAAGAUCUGGCUGAAACUUCACGCGAAGCUGCGAGGUCUUUGAUGUCAGUGGUUGUUGCUAACGAGGCGACACGUGUCCAGCCAGCAGAAUUGCAUGGUGUGGCUGCUGCAACCACGGGGGUGCAAGGACCUGACCUGAAUGCAUGCCCUGGGGUGCUUGUGGGUUUGCUUGGCAAAGAAACUGCUGUCCAGGAGCCCGUUGAUGAACCAGAGGAUAAGCCUAUGAUUGUGGACCGCAAAGGCAAGGGGCCGGCUAUUGACGUGGUCUACCGCAGGUGCAGUAGACAGACAACCAUGCAUGAGGUGCUUGGCGUGGCAGGUUCUUCCUCUAGAGAUCAUGUGCCUGUCCAUCAUCCGGUGGUUGCGUCUGUAGACACUGAUAUGACUGAAGUUGUGCCGGAUGCUUUGCAGAUGCAAAAUGAUGGGCUUGCAGGAAUUGCCACAACCACACAAAUAGGGAACAGGAGUUUGGCACUGCCUGGUAAUGGGGAACAAAGCAACCCGGUCCCUCUUGCGGUUGUUCCUGCUUUGCCACCUGCACGUGAUUACGGCUACUCUCCAUUUGAGCUGGAUCUAUAACAUUUUUUCUACCCUAACCACGUAUGCCUGGAUUUGUACGUGAGCGUUGAACUUCUCAGUCAGGCUUCUGAGCUCAGCAGGACUUGGUUCGAGCAUCACACCCCCACGGUGCUACGGAUAGAUGGGCAUAAGAUGAAGUACCAAUUCAGUUUGCAUGGUGAGAUGAUGUACAAUGGCCUUGAUGCCUGGGUGCGUGGCUGGAACGACGGGGAGAGGAGCAUGAUGCAGAGCGUUGAUCUCCCAAACUGGAGAGGAUUGCUACCACCUGAUGUUGUG